GGUCAGGUUCAACACGGAAGAAAAACAAAACUGCUCUUCGACGAGGGAGUAGUUCAGUGGAAGUAUUCCGAUAGUAAGGAUUGUCGAAAAGGAGCACGAUAUCUCAGCAAAUCUCGUCACCUCAGACGGAUGCAUUUUGAAGAUACAAAACACCUGUUUGAUUGUCUCAUGAAGAUCACAAGACGGGCCAAUCAUGUCCUGCACUAGUGCCCUGAAAAUUGUCAUUUUGGCCUUGGUUUUCAUUCAUGUCAUAUGUAUAGAAGAGCCGACCAAAAGCAAUGAGUCCCUGACCAAUCACAAUGAGUCCCACACCAACGAAAGCGGUGAACAUACUGACGGCCAUGAGGAGCAUCAUGGGAUUGAAGUGGCAAGUCUGCACUUUCACAAUGUCCGAGCUCCACUUCUGUUCACCAUCGUCAUCCUGUUGGCAGGACUCAGCAAAGUGGGGUUCCAUUAUGCAGACUUCUUAUCAUCAAAACUGCCUGAGUCUUGUCUUCUGAUCCUGAUUGGAACUGUGAUGGGUGCCAUUCUUACGUGGGAGCAUUCUUCUUCUUCUCUCCACACACCUUCUCUCCUUCCUCCAAUCAUCUUGGAGGCAUCCUUCAGUCUUCAUGACAGAACGUUUGCUGACAACAUCGGAUCUGUCCUCCUGUUUGCUGUCAUUGGAACUAUAAUUGCAUGCUUUGCUUUAGGUUUAACUCUCUAUGGGUUAGCCAUCAGUGGCGGGAUGGGAGUACUUCCAUUUGAGUUUACUCUGGUGCAAGUCUUCAUCUUCACAGCUCUCAUUGUGGCAGUGGACCCAGUUGCAGUUCUGGCAGUGUUCCAAGAGGUGGGCGUCAACGACUGUCUCUACUUUCUGGUGUUUGGCGAGUCCUUGCUGAAUGAUGGUGUAACGGUUGUACUAUACCAGGUGUUCCAGACCUACAAUAACCUACCAACCAUUGGUGCAGACCAGAUUGUGCUUGGUAUUGUCAAGUUCUUCGUGGUGUGUUUCGGCGGUCUGUUCCUGGGGGUGAUGGCAGGGGUCUUGUCAGCUGUCAUCACCAAGUUCACAGUACACGUUAAAGUUGUGCAGCCGCUGGUGAUCUACAGCAUGGCGUACCUCGGCUUCCUCCUGGCGGAGCUGUUUGAGUUCUCCGGCAUCAUUAGCAUUAUCGGCUGCGGCCUCGUCCAGGUCCAGUACGCCUUCCACAACAUCAGCGACAAGUCCAGGACUACGGUCAAAUACUUCACCAAGGUCAUCAGCACCACCAUGGAGAUUGUGAUCUUCCUGUUCCUGGGCCUGGCCUUGAUCAGAGAGCACUACUGGCAUACAGGCUUUGUGUUGUGGACCAUCCUUCUCUGCUUCGUCUACAGGUUCAUCAUCACAUUCUUCUUGUCUUUCCUGAUCAAUAAACUGGACAAGUUCCGAGUGAGAAAGAUCGGAUACGACGAGCAGUUCAUGAUAGCCUAUGGAGGCCUGAGAGGCGCCGUGUGCUUCUCCCUGGUGAUGCUACUGGAUGAAGAUUCGCUCCCUCCAAACAUGAAGAAUAUGUUCGUCACAACCACGCUCAUUAUCAUCAUGUUUACUGUGUUUGUUCAGGGUAUUAGCAUGAAGCCUCUGGUAGAAGUGUUCAAGGUGAAACUUGCCCCAGAGAAGCAGCUCAGCAUGUAUCGGGAGCUCAGCAACCAUAUAAUAGAUCACCUGAUGGCUGGGAUGGAAGAUAUCAUUGGAUUCAACGGAAAGUAUUCAUUCAAGGAAAAAUUAGACAAUUUCGAUAGUCGUUACAUCCGGCCGUGUCUGCAGAUUGAGCCCCAGAGGAGUGAUACAGAGCUGAAGACUUUCUACAACAAGAUUGUCUUAAAAGAACAUUUCAAGUAUUUGAGGAUGUGUGGGGUCCAGUCAGUACCAGGAGAGGCGAAUAUACCCCACAUAGACACCAGCAUGUACCUGCCAGGCGCUGGACAGAAGGCUGGAAUUGGGGAAGAAGAUGACGAUCCCACCAAGAUGCCUGUAGCUAUAGAGACAGAGCCAUCAGUGCGGAGAAGACACAAAUCCAAAGAUAAAGAUUUUGAUGCAAAGAGUCUCCGUCAUCUGUUACUGUCUCAACACACCAGCAGGAUGAUGCUCCACAGCAACUACGACAAGAACUUGACUGAAGAACAUAAGUCAAGCAUAGCCAAUCAGAUCCAGAGAAAGACGGAAAGAAAUCGGCCUUCAAACGACUGAAAUCAACAACACCGUCAUCACCGUCAUCACCGACAUCCCCAAUAGCUGACAGACCAGUGUCAUGGUCAGAGGUCAAGGGUCAGGCAUGUGAAAAGCGGAAGGACAAAGACGAAAAGCCCAACACAGGGCUGUUACCAUCGACCUCGGUAACACACAACGCAUGGGCGUGAUUGAUCCUUAUUUGCCGUCACCCAGAGAUGACCCAAGUCUCGAUGCUGUUUUUGAGGAGGAUGAAAAAGAUAGUAUUGGUAAGGAGACUGAAAAGAAGCCAUUAUUCACUGAGCAGCUAGUGUGGGUGGAAUAGGUUCCAAGUCCACACCCACUAGAGCGCGCUCCCAGGCGUUGAGAGACAAUUGGCCAUGGAUGAAAUUCCUUUGAAAGAUUUACCUUCAAAAGGCGAUCCCAUGGUUUAAAACAUACAUUAUGAAAUCAUGUAGUGAUCAAUAUCAAAGUUAGAUGGAUCGAAAUGUUUAAUGAACUAAAUAUUUAAAAUGGUGUGAAAUAUUUGCUGAUGAAAUCUUUUUAAAGAUUUACCUUCAAAAGAUGAUCCGUUGGUUUUAGAGCGUACAUUUAAGAAUACAUGUAAUGAUCAUUCUCAAAGUUAGAUGUGAAUGAAAUGCCUUUAAUACAUUGGAUUUUUAAGAUGUAAUGCGGAAUGUUUGCCGAUUGUUGAAAAUGUUAUAUAUUUUUUUAUGAUUUAUGGCCAAAUCAAAGUUACACAAUUUGUAUCAAAGGAUUAUUCUACAGAUUCAGAAAAUAUAUCUGAUUUAAUGUUUAGAAGAUUUGUAGGGAGAGAUUGAGAGUUGAUGUUAUAACCACUUUGUCCAUUUAUACCACAACUUGUCAGAUUAGUGCGGGACUAAAUCUGAACUGAUUAAGGUCUCGGAAAUUGACCACUUUGGUGAAACCCUCAAGCAUGGAGAUGGUGCCUACAAACCGAAAAACAUAAUCAGGAAAGUAGGGAUUUGAACACACAAUCAUAGGUUUUCAGGUGCCAAGGGAGGUAACUCUGAACAGCAAAUUCCAGCCAGUAUAGAGCAGGCCCAUCCAUACCACCUUUAGAGGAAAUUAGAGACAUUGGGUUAAGAUCAAAUUGUAGAACAGUUAAGAACGAUGUGAAAAUUUUAAAAAUAAUUU